UAUGACAGACAGGAGCAGCCUGUUUGAGUCAGCAAACAGGAAGCUGUCAGCAGGUGAGUCCUCCUGCUCAGCCUCUGAGUGCCUGAUUGGACGCACCUUUGCUGAGAUCAGGUCUGGCUCAGGCUGUCGAUGGUUACCUGGAUUAGGUCAAAUGCUGUGGCGUCAUGGACGAGUCGGCGUUGGAGCGUUACUUUGAAGACUCCAUUGCAAACGACUCCAGCUUUAUGCUGGUGGAGGGGCUUAGUCUUCAAAGCCCUGCCCUCAUUUCACAGGACCCCGCCUACCCGUCAGAGAAGCCUGGAGCAAGCGGUGAGGCCGGUGACGAGCUUGACCUCAGUUUCCUUCCCGACGAGCUCAGCACGCAGGAGGAACCGAGCCAUGACAUAUCAGGAGAGGAAGGCGGGUCUGCAGCUCUGGACAUGUCUCAGGACAGCGGCGUUGGUGUGGACUACAACUCCCAGGAAUCCACGACCGCCGAGGGCACACAGGAGAUGUCCACAUCAGGAGCGGGGACCAGGGCCUCCCCCUUCUAUCCCAUGACCCCCAUGACCCCUAUGACCCCCAUGACCCCUGUGACAGAGAGGUCAGGAAUCAUCCCGCAGCUACAGAACAUCGUCUCCACGGUGAACCUGGGCUGUCCGCUGGAUCUGAAGUUCAUCGCCCUGCAGGCCCGAAACGCCGAGUACAACCCAAAGCGCUUCGCGGCGGUCAUCAUGAGGAUCCGUGAGCCGCGAACAACAGCUCUGAUCUUCAGCUCUGGGAAGAUGGUGUGCACAGGAGCCAAGAGUGAGGAGCAGUCGCGCCUGGCGGCCCGGAAAUACGCCCGGGUGGUGCAGAAACUCGGUUUCCCCGCCCGCUUCCUGGAGUUCAAGAUCCAGAACAUGGUGGCCAGCUGUGACGUGUGCUUCCCCAUCAGACUGGAAGGACUGGUUCUGACCCACCAGCAGUUCAGCAGUUACGAGCCGGAGCUGUUUCCGGGACUUAUCUACCGGAUGGUGAAGCCUCGAAUUGUCCUGCUCAUCUUUGUGUCGGGGAAGGUGGUUCUGACGGGAGCCAAAGAGCGAGCCGAGAUCUACGAAGCGUUCGAGAACAUUUAUCCGAUCCUGAAGGGCUUCAGGAAGCAGUGAGAACGGCACUUCCUGUUCCUGUGUACAUAUGUGAUUCGAUAUUUGGGCUAAAUAUGUUUUACUUUGAGUCGCACUGCAGAGUUAUGGGAUGGGAUUUGUUUUACAGUCUGUGCUCAAGAGUUCACCAUCCUGAGGAAAUGAAUCUGUUUUCUAAGAGUCAUGUGACUUCAGUGUUUUCAUACACAAAUAUUUCCACUGAAUGAAUGUGGAGACAUCAGCUGUUGAAAAUAAUAAAGGUUGCUGUGUACGUUGUACGACCUUUAAACCGUCUUUACUGAGCGGCCGACGCUGGAGUGCAGGAACAGUUUGGAAGAAGCAGAUGUCGCUCAAAAUCCCAAAUCUAAUACUGAGCUUUUCACACCUGAGCUUCGGUAACCGUGGGAAACACACCAGAUACAAACCUCCAACAAAAAGACCGCCUCAUCUGGAUUACGUUAUUCCAGAGAAACAAACUGCUCUUCAAAGCCUUUCAGACAGCUUUCAAACUUUUAUUCUGAAAAACACUCCAGCUGUUUAAUUCUGAAUGGCAGGCCUUCACCUGUGACUGAUCACAGACAUUCAGAGACGGCCUUAGUUUAGUGAACUGGGCUCAUGUUUGAGUCUUUGAUGAUCCUGGACAAACACGCAGCAGCAACAAACCCUCAGUCUCACGCUGACAGUUCAUUGGCCCACCUGUAGCGGUGAGGACGGCGUGCACUGCUGUGGUAUCGUUUCAUCUGUCUGUCAUCUGCAAACAAACCCCACAGACGAAAAACUUUGUAGGUCACAUGAUGUGGCUGAACUAAAACCUGAUUGGAUCAUAACCUGCCCCACACGCUGGCACCGUAGACUUGAGACACGAGUUACCCCGGAGCAGGGGCUCAUCAGCCCACGCAACCUUUCCCCGUCAGCCUGGAGACGAUGGUUCGCUUCUGUCCUUCCACGUUUCACUCGUGAUUUUGUUUGCUCGACGAACACCAAUAAUUGGAUCCUUCUAAUUUCCCACAGUCACAGCACGUGUCCCCCCGCAGGUUUUUAAAGAAAUCUAAUGAAGCAAUGCUCCUCUCUGAGAUCCUCACCCAUUCACUGAAGGGAGGCUCCUAUUUAAAUCUCCGUGGGGCUGCAGAGUUCAUGAAAACUUCACAGAAUAAAUGGACUGAUUCUUAUGCAGCACUCAUUGCUUUCUACAACAUCCACUCUCCGAUGGAGCAUCAGAGAGUGAGCCGGGGUUAGUAUCCUGUCCAAGGAUACUGGGGGAGCCAGGGAUCGAACCACCAACCCUCCGAUCACCUGAUGAGUCGUUCACUCAUUUUUAUCAAAUUAAA